UCGGAUGGGAGUAACCGUAUCCUGUACGAUGAGGUCUGGGCCCGCAGCUUCGAGGUAGUAGCACUUCAAGAGGUGUGAUGGACCUGGACCGGUUGAUAUGGCUUACCGUCGAAAUGCACCAGUUGCUCUUGUGACUGUGGGAGCCGGAGGAACUACAGUGUAUUAGUUGACGGCGACAAUCUCAAGAUGGUAAAUUGAUUGAUUCGCCCGGUGGUCCUCUAAGGACACGAGUCCAUAGAAACCAUUCGAACGAAGAACCAUUUCACGAGACACGAGAAACCAUUCGAACGAAGGAUGCAAACGCUCUGGGCGUGUUUGAGCGACGCAUCCUACGGACCAUCUUUGGCGGUGUGUAAGAGCAUGGAGCGUAGAGGAGAAAGAUGAACCUCGAUUGAUAGUGUUGUGGGCAGCCGUGCGUGCCGACCCCUGGACUUGCCGUGGCAGUUGCGCUGCCACCGGUCAACGUCCACGGGGACGACAGUAUGUACACGCACACUGUCGCACACACUAAGCGCGCAAGGCUUAGUGUGUGCCGAGCGCCAUACAGGCAGAGUGUGCACGAAGGCCGAUCGAGCAGGAACUCUCGGCAGGAGCGGCUGGCGCGCGGCCUACGUUUUAACGUGGUAGUAUAUUCGUGUAUAUUAUUUAUAAUGUAAAAGUUCUAAUAUGUGUAAACAAAGUAAUAAGUGCAAAUAGAGCAGUUCAUAACAGAUAGAUUAAACCACGGUGGCGAAAGCUGGCAGGGCACGAUGGCCUGGGCAUGUCAUGAGGAUGCCGGACUUAUGUCCAAGAAAGUGUUCGACUGGGCCAUGUCACAUCGACGUGCUCUAUCGGGACAGGCCAACAAGAGAGGGAAAGAGAGAGAGAGAGAGAGAGAGAAAAAAAAAAUAGAGAGAGAAAGAGAGAGAGAGAUUCUGUUAACAAUCUGUAUUCCAUUACCAUCAAUACAGCACAAACGCGAUGUUCUAGUAGCCAUUGAGUUUUACUGCCAGUGAACUUUCAACGAACCAAUCGGUAUAUAUUGUUGAUUACUAUAGUCUUAAAUUGUCUUUCGAUUGCAAUAAUACUUACGUUUUGUGAUAAUGGAUUGGACCACGAACGAUAAGCUUUCGCAAUAUUACAAUUAUACCUGUUUGAGUGAAAGAAACCUCGAGCUAGCUCGGCUCAAAACGCUGUCCGAAAAGGAAAGCCAUGCUGAACAUUUCACCAGUGUCGAAAAGGAUUUGCUUAACUUAAAUGAAACAAUAACACGAAAGCUCACCAUCAAUGAGUCGAACAUUCGGAAUGUCAUACAGCAAGACUGGUUCUUGGAAAUUCCUAGCGAGUAUAUGCAAAAAAUCAUUUCAGAUUUCGAUGAAAUGAACAUUGCUAAGCGCAAAUCAUUGGAUAUGUUGAUGCUAAAGGUUUACUCAUUGCGCGAACGCUAUCGCACUUUGUUGAUGAAAAUAUUUACUUGCAGGAUUCAGGUCGAUACACACGAUCCGAGAGCAACGGAAGAGAAGGUAAAAACACGAUUGGCCGCUCUGCAAUUGAGCCGUUGUGAGGCAUCGAUAAGGAAUGCUAGAAACAUUCAAAACUAUUAUCGCCGUAUCGGGCACUUUAUGUUCAAGGACAACCUCUACAACGAUCGAUCAUUGGCUGCCUUGAAACAAGCAAUCAAAGAACAAAUGGUGCUUAUACGCAAAACAACACUGAUCGGACGUUCCGUGAUCGAUAAAGUGAUUUCAUUGAAUAAGGAGCUAAAGAAAUCUACCAUAGGAUUCAACAUGGACCGUGCGCACAAUAUGAAAUCAUUGAAGUAUCACAAAUCUAUCCUAACGAAGGAACGUACAGCGAUUACAAGUGCCAGCAUGGGUGAUAUCGACCCGAAACGCUGGCCAUCACGAUACGAUUCCAUAACACCAAGCAUGGAAGCGUUGCAAACAGAGCAAGAAAAAGUGCAUCACACGAUUGAGCAAUUGAAACAUACGUCCUUCUGUAUUUGGGAAGCUAAUAUUCUUAAAGAAAUGGAAUCGAAAACACACAAAAUAAUGCAACUAGAAACAGAUAUUUACGAAGACGAACGAGUCUACAAAGAGCUCGAUGCUGAAAUCGAAAAUACAAAACAUUUCGUUCGUGGCGGCUGUACAUUAGACACGGCAAGUUUGAAAUGUAAGCAGGAAAACGUUAUCAUGGAUCUUGAGCAGGAACGGUCGAAUCAAACCAUCUUGAAAGCAUCACUCGCCCGUCUCAAAUCGUUUCACAUGCGGUUGGACCAAUUCUUUGCAUACAUUCCACAAAUUUUAGAACAGAACAAAAUCGAAUCUCUGCCUUCGCUGGAGGAAGCACAGGAAGAGUCGGAAAAGAAAAUAACUAUGACGGCCUUGUUAAGAUUGUUUAAGUCGGAAUAAUUUAAAAUUUACAGUGACAACUUAAAUCACAUCUAUCACAAAUACAAAUUUUGCAAUACAUUGAA